GAGGUGCAAGACCGUUUGUUCUCAAUGGCGUCACCUUACGUCGCUAGCGGAUCUUUGAGUCAAGAAGAUCUUCACAGAAUGUUGUCUCCAAGAUUGGCAAAAUUGUCCGCAGAAAGGGAUCGAGAUCAGCAUUCACUGCGAAGCAAAUAUGGCUCUGACACUAACAUUAGUUUAGAGGCUGUGGAAAGUUUCAAUGUUAGAGGUGGUGCUUUACCGGAAACUUUCAGAGGUUGGGACGUAGUGGUAGAACUUAGCGACUAUCUCCUGGAUAGUGCGUUUCUGGAUUGUAUAUUUGAUGUACAUCGUGAGGCGGCAAUAUUGCAUCGCCAUGGUCUUCAAAUCGAUAGUCCUCCACCUACGCCCAAUCAAGCGGUGGAUUCUCCGCAAUCCAGUUCGGACACACCACGAUCGCGACCUCCAGAAUCAAGUACACCUAUUACCGUCAAAUGUCGAGUUUGUGGACGGAUGGUUGGUGCUAAAGUGUUCGAGAAGCACAUCAUUAGCUGUAGAAAAUUGGACGGUAGCCGAAGUAGCUCACGGGCAGCAGCAAAAAAGAUUGCCGAGCAAGAGAUGAUUGCUGAAAGCACGUUCAACGAUGACGAUUUUACUAUGUCAUUCAAUUCCUGUGAGGUUCCGUCAUCGCUAUAUUUGCUCGUCGAUGAGCAAGCUGGCGGUAUUCUUGCUCCAUGGGUGAAAUAUUCACGUUCGUCUGGAGACUACAGUAUUCUUGGAGAAUAUCUUGACACUGCUGUAAAGUCGUACCUUUACAACGGCGGAAAAGGGAAACUUGUUUCGAUAUCGGUUUUGGUUAAGAGGAGGAAUAAAGAGAGAAAUGCUCAAUUGGGAGCACUUCGACGAAAAAAGGGAAGAGGAAAAAGCGGUCCGAACAUUCUUGAUGACAUCAGUCAGGAUCGAUUGGACGCCAGUGACUUCCUCAAAGCUUUGAAAAUACUCGACGGCGCAAGUGCUCGUGGUCAGAAAGUUUUCAAGUAUCGAGAAUUGGUCUGGGAUGUAGAGCAAAGAGGGAAGAUGGGAGAAAAUCUACUACACAUCUGCCUGCUACAUAACACUGCUGAUAUGAAUGAGCUAGCAAAGCAGAUCGUCAUUCGAUUUCCCAAGAUUGUUAACGAUAUUUUUAUUUCCGAAGACUACUAUGGUCUUUCUCCUCUCCACCAAGCCAUCGUUAAUGAGGACGUCGAAAUGGUUUACUUCUUGUGCAAAAAAGGAGCAGAUGUUCACCAGCGGUGCUAUGGAUCGUUCUUCUGCGCAGAUGAUCAAAAGGCUUCUCGUACGGACUCUCUUGAGCACGAAUGGGUGGAUCUCGUACAGAACACUAGAUACACUGGGCAGAUGUACUGGGGCGAGCUUCCAUUGUCAUUCGCUGCUUGCACUAACAACCAGGAUUGUUUUCGACUAUUGCGGGCGUUUCGAGCUGAUCCAAACAUGACAGACACUAACGGCAAUACUGUGCUGCAUAUGACUGUAAUUCACGAUUUACCAGAAAUGUUCAUGUUGGCUUACAACAGUGGAGCUUCGCUGAGUGUAAGAAAUAACUUGAAACUCACUCCUCUGGCACUUGCAGCUAGGUUAGCGAAUAAGCGGAUGUUUUCUCUCAUACUGGAAUGCGAAAUGGAUAUCGUUUGGCGAUAUGGAGACAUCGUGUGCAAGGCGUACCCUCUCUUGGAAAUGGACAGUGUUCGCGAAGAAGAUGGAGGUCUAAAUCCCUGCUCCGUUCUAGCUAAUGUCGUUUAUGGGGACAAGAGAAGCCAUCUUGACUUCUUCGAUGGAUUAAUAGAAGAGCUCCUGGAGCGAAAAUGGGAAGCUUUCGCAAAGAAACGGUAG